AUGGCUUCUUCUUCUUUGUCUUCUUCUUUGUCUUCUUCUUUGUCUUCGAAGAAGAAGAAGAUGAUGAUGAUGAUGAUGAAGAAAAGUUGUUCAACACGAAGAACACAAAAAAAAAGAUUUUACUCUUCGGCGUCUCAAGAACAACAAACAACGAACAGUUCUGCGGAAAAAAUGCUCUCCAUAUGGCUGACUCGCCAGGCACAACUCGGGAAUUUGGACGACGAUUUAGUCAUCGUCAUCAAUUCCAUCGCCAUCGCGUGUAAGCAAAUCAUGAGCUUAGUGAAAGCAGCUCCGUUGCAAGGGAAUAUUGGAUUAGCGGGUGGGAAAAAUGAAAGCGGAGACGAACAGAAGAAGUUGGACGUCAUCGCGAACGAUAUUUUCUUAAACGCGGUACAAAAAUGCGGACGAAGUUCGGUGAUUGUUACGGAGGAGGAAGAUCACCCGGUUUUAUCAGCGACGAACGUUGGGAAUGGAGAUUACGUGGUGACGUUUGACCCGAUCGAUGGGUCCUCGAACAUCGACGCGUGCGUCACGACGGGUGCGAUUUUUGGCAUUUAUUCACCCGGAGAGUGCGACAUUGACCCGACGCAAUCUGCCGAGGAAAUCAUGAAAAACUGCACGGAAAACGCGAAUCAAUCCGGGGAGAACUUAGUCGCGGCUGGGUAUUGCAUGUUUUCUUCGUCGUGCGUUUUUAUGAUUACCACUGGUCACGGCGUGUUUGGUUUCACUCUGGACGAACAAAUCGGCGAGUUUGUCAUGUCGCACGAAAAGUUACAAAUUCCAGACGGCAAAGAUAUGAAACGCAUUUAUAGUGGGAACAACGGGAACGUGCAAUUAUGGGCUCCGGAGUUAAGAGAGUACGUGAAAAAGUUACAAACGGGCGAAAUCGACGGGAGAAAAGGAGAUCCUUGGUCGUAUAGGUACAUCGGCGCUCUCAUCGGUGAUUUCCAUCGAACGUUGUUAUACGGCGGCAUUUGGUUGUACCCUCCAGACGUGAAGGCGACGGAAGGUAAGGCGAGAUUAUUGUAUGAGGUUGCGCCGAUUGCUAUGAUUGCGGAGCAAGCGAACGGGAUGGCGACGAGAGGGAAAAUGGCCGACGAACGGGUCAUGGAAGUGAAACCUAUGUCAAUCCAUCAAAAAUCGCCCAUGUUUGUGGGAUCGAACAGCGCUGUUCUCGGAUUACAGAAGUUCUUGAAAGAGCACUAA